CAUUUAUUUUACCUACAUUAAGUGAUGGAAACAUACACUAAAGAAAAAAAAUCACCCUUGGGUCUUUGGGAUUCAUAUUUGUGUGAAAGAAUCUAGUAUGUUCCAAGAAAACACAUCAGCCAAUUGCUUAAAUAUAACAGCAGCAUCUGCUGAAGAUGGUGCUUUCCAAAAAAAAGGCCAUAGUGUAAGAAUCCUUAGCCCAGAAGAAGCUGAGAGACUGGCAAAAGAUCAGGUUUUGGUAUCUGAGUUCAAACAACUAAAACUGGAGAAAGAGGCACAGAAGAACUGGGAUCUAUUUUACAAAAGAAACAGCACCAACUUCUUCAAAGACAGACAUUGGACAACGAGGGAGUUUCAAGAGUUAAAAGCAUGUCGGGAGUUUGCAGAUCAGAAACUGACCAUCCUGGAGGCAGGCUGUGGGGUUGGGAACUGCUUGUUUCCACUCUUAGAAGAUGAUCUGAAUAUUUUUGCAUAUGCCUGUGAUUUCUCUCCUAGAGCUGUUGAGUAUGUGAAGAAAAAUGCCUUAUACAGUACUGAAAGAUGUAAAGUGUUCCAGUGUGAUCUUACCAAAGAUGAUCUUCUAGAAAACAUACCGGCAGAUUCUGUGGAUGUUGUCACACUUAUAUUUGUGCUUUCUGCCAUUCAUCCUGACAAAAUGCAUCUUGUCUUGAAGAACAUUUACAAGGUAUUAAAACCAGGCAAGUGUGUCUUGUUCAGAGACUAUGGGCUGUACGAUCAUGCAAUGCUCAGGUUUAAAUCAGGCAGCAAACUUGGAGAAAACUUUUAUGUUAGACAAGAUGGGACAAGAUCGUAUUUUUUUACUGAAGAGUUCUUGGCUCAGCUUUUCAAGGCUGAGGGAUACGAGCAAGUGGUCAAUGAAUAUGUGCAGCGAGAAACUGUGAAUAGGAAAGAAGACUUGCGUGUUCCAAGAGUUUUUCUUCAAAGCAAAUUUCAAAAGCCUUUCAGUAAGACAUAAGUUCUUGCUGAUUAGCAACAGCUUGUUGAAAUAGAAGCUAGCACGUAGUUUUUACUUGUGUGUGCUCAUCUUUCUGGUAAACCAGAAAUGACUGCAUCCAGUACCUUUUGUUGGUUUUCAUCCCCAGACACGAAAUAUGAAUGCUAUUUCUAAUUCAAAUUUAAGAUGGGUUAGUGAUGCAGGCAACCUGUUGAGUAUCUGUGUUCCUGCUUCUAAAGUAAAGCUUGUGCAGCAUUG